CACAACAACAAGCCCGACCUCCCUCAUCGCCGUAAACGAGAAGGCAGCAUACCCACCAUUACGGCCACGAGCCCAACCCCUGUUGUUAGCCUCAGGUCCAUAACUCCAGUUUUCGUCGGAUUUCGCAAAAGGAAUACAUGCUCCAACUCGUGUCGUCGGAGCCAUGACAAACACCAAGGUCAACUGAUUAAUUUUCACAAGCACAAACGCGAGUACGCGGUCCUAUCGAAGCUACUUGAAUUGCAGCGUUCAAUGCACCGGUUCAAUCUGGUGGAGAACAAAGAUUUCGCCGCCUGGUUGCGUGGCCUGCCCCUUCUGUCUGAGGAGGAAGCGUAA